GUGCAGAUAUGAAGCUGGUGAACACUGUGCUAUGUGCACGUACCACUUUGCCCAGAAAGCCCUAGCGGCCGUUUCCAUAACCCCCACCAUGGCUUGCCGUUCCCCGACAUCAUCCCAUCACUCCCUCACCACCGACCUCGCCUAGGAAUAAUCGGUCAAGAUGCAAAUCUUCGUGAAGACCCUUACGGGCAAGACCAUCACCCUCGAGGUCGAGUCCUCGGACACCAUCGACAAUGUCAAGCAGAAGAUUCAGGACAAGGAAGGCAUCCCGCCCGACCAGCAGCGCCUGAUUUUCGCUGGCAAGCAGCUCGAGGAUGGCCGCACCCUCUCCGACUACAACAUCCAGAAGGAGUCCACCCUCCACUUGGUCCUCCGUCUGCGCGGUGGUAUCAUCGAGCCCUCGCUCAAGGCGCUUGCCUCCAAGUUCAACUGCGACAAGAUGAUCUGCCGCAAGUGCUAUGCUCGUCUGCCUCCCCGCGCUACCAACUGCCGUAAGCGCAAGUGCGGACACACCAACCAGCUCCGCCCCAAGAAGAAGCUCAAAUAGACGAUU